GGAGAAACGGGAGGAACAGAAGAUCACUUUUGGGCGGAUGGAAGAUAUUUUAGUACAGAACCUUCGAAGCUCGUAGCCGCAACGUCCAAUCUACUGACCGUGCUGGCGUCAACGAAAGCACUUGUUGCUUUUUUAAGGGGUGGCCUUUCUUAGGCAUGUUGUAGCGCGAGACAUUUCUCCAGACGUUCAUUUUGGAUAAAGAUAUCACAAAAUAACCUUUCAUCUUCAGUUCUAGACAUUUCAACUGCCCUUCCUUGAAUAGUGAAAAUCUUCGUUGCGUCUGCAGUAGACUUGUGAAAAAUCGCUGAUAGAUAUGGAUACUUUUCCUUCUUGAUGUUCCUAGAUAGGUUCAAAUCAAGAAGCAUUGGCUAGGAAGUAAGACCUUGGAAGACCCAGACCCUUCUAGAGGAACAGGUCCACUGGAUGGACUAGUCCUAGUCGGAGCCCAUUUUUUUUUCGGGAGGUAACAGCCCAUUAUUUUCUACAGGAACAGGUCCACUGGAUGGACUACUGGAAGCGUUGGCAUUUUCUCUUCCACACCGAAGAUAUGGGACUACGACUCUCUAUAUUUCUGGAGGUAAGGUGGACUAGAAAACAGAAGUCCGAUGUCAUGGACGCUGUUCCUAAGGUUUUCGUAUGGGAAACAGCGUCCAUGACAUCGGACUUCUCAGUAGGGCCUUUCAGUAGCUAGGUGGAGUGGCAGUGGACCUUACAUCAUCAUCAGUGCGUCUCAAAUGAUCGCUCUCAGUCAUCAGCGAGAUGAAGCAGCUCCUGACUUACAUGCAACACCUCUUCGAGAAGCAGAGCAGCUAAAAAAACAGAGUUUCUAGUCAACAGAAGGAACUCUACCGCUCCUCUGCUCGAACAGUUGUAGAAGGGGGAGUGGCAGUGGAUGAGGAACAGUGGAUGAGGAACAAGAUCGCCAUCACUUGUGAAUGGAAGUAGAGCGUCUGCAAAUCUAGCACAGUUCGCAGCUUCAGCCUCCGAACUCGUGACGAGGUUCAAACGCAAGGAUUUCGAGGUUACUGACUUUGUCACAGAAGUAGUUGGAAACAGUCCGAUCAGAAGUAGUUGGAUGAAACAGUCGAAGAACUUCAGUCCUGUUAGCUGAGGCCCCUCACGAUUUACGUCCAUCAAUAGCUACCAGUCAGUGCAGCUACAGCUGCGCCUAGUUGUACAACUGUCUGCUGCGGGGAACGUCCUGGGAAGAUAAAUACCCACUAAUGCACAUUGACUCACA